AUGAGUUGGAUUUCAUGGGAUCGCCUUACUCUUCCCAAGUCAGUAGGUGGCCUUGGUUUUAGGGAAAUUGAGAUUUUCAAUGAUGCUCUCCUCGCUAAAUUAGCCUGGCGGAUACUCAAGGACCCUACUUCACUUUUGUCUCGUACUUUAUUGGGCAAGUAUUGUCACACAUACUCCUUUAUGGAGUGUUCUGCGCCAAGCUCAGCUUCACACGGAUGGAGAGGACUUUUGGCAGCUCGAGAAGUUAAAAAAAAAGGUAUGGGUUGGGUGGUGGGGAACGGGAAAGAUAUAAACAUCUGGAGUAUGCCUUGGCUUGCGCUGGAUAAACCUUCGAGGCCUAUAGGUCCCCCACCUCUCAGUUCCAAAGAUCUAUGUGUCCAAGACCUCUUCCUACCGAACUCCACCUCAUGGGAUCUUGCAGCUAUCCGUUUACACUUGCCUCACCAUGAGUGGGAGAUUCUGACACUGAACCCAAGCUCCCUCGGUAUGUUAGAUACCAUAGUCUGGCUUCCAGAAAAGAAUGGCGAGUACUCCACAAAAACAGGGUAUGCGAUCUCGAAGCUUAACGUCUCUCCACUUCGAACUCAAACUUUCAAUUGGAACCAGUGUGUGUGGAAUGUUGCCACCUCUCCUAAGACUAAACAUCUACUCUGGAGAAUUGGAAACAAUGCAUUCUCAGUGGGAGUGAAUCUUCUAGCUCGUGGUAUAAUGGUGGAGGGAACAUGCAAGAGAUGCGGUGCACCAGAGACAGUCCUUCAUGUCCUCCUGCAAUGCCCGUAUGCGGUACGCGUCUGGAACCUACUCCCAGCGAUUUUAAAGCCAUCUCCAGAUGCCACUGCCACGAUUCCUCUGCUUCUACAAAAUAGCAAAAAAAUAACCUGUCUCCCUCCAACGGGCGUCUCCAACCCGAUUCAUUCAUGGCUCUUCUGGUACUUAUGGACCAGCCACAACAGACUCAUGUUUGAAGAUCUUGUACUGUCAGAACAGGAGGUGAUUCAAAGGUCAUUAAAAGAAGCUAGGACAUGGCAAGAAGCACAAAAGAAAACUCGCUCCCCUACUAACCGGCCUACAACUACUCGUAAGUCUUGCUCCACCUCAUUGGUAACUCCUGGAUUAUCUUGCUUUGUGGAUGCAGCUUGGGAUGUAAGGUCUGGUAAUGGGGGCAUGGGAUGGAAAUUCACAGAUAAGGGUUCCGGUUUUGCCUCCCAAGAUUCUACAAACCGACGUCAUGUAUCCUCUGCCCUAACAGCAGAGACACUCGCGGUUAAAGUUGCUCUAAUGGCAGCCGUUUUGUCUGAUGUUCGAUGGCUUACUCUGUUCUCGAACUCAAAGACCCUCGUUACUCUGCUCACUUCAGGUGGCAAAUGUGUCGAGCUUCAAGGCUUGUUGCAUGAUAUCCGAAUGUUAUGUACCUCCCUUGACUCUAUCUCCUUUCGUUUUGUACCUCGUUUAGACAACGUUGAGGCUGAUUCCUUAGCUAAGACAGCUCUUUUCACUCUCUCUUGUCAGGCCUCUGAGCCGAUGUAA